GGCAACAUCUACAACUCUGCCUCUCUUCCACAGCCACACGUCAAUUUCCUACCCUUGUAAAAUCCAGAUUCCAACCAGAUGAUAUACUUCCCUUCUCUGCUGUGCCAAUCAAAGUUCUUGCGAUUCUUCUCUAAUCUCUGACGGCUCCUGUCCAUGCUUCAUAUGCUGGCGUUUAAACAGAGUUCAAAUGUAAGAGGGACUUUGAGCUAGUAGAUGAGAUGCAGAAGGCGUGGUUUUACGAAGAGUAUGGCCCCAAAGAGGUCCUCAAGAUGGGAGACUUCCCCCUUCCAAUUCUCCAACAAAACCAACUCCUUGUCCAAGUCCGAGCUGCUGCUCUGAAUCCGAUCGAUUUCAAACGGCGCCAGCUAGCCAUCUUUGCAUCUGGCUUGCCCGUAGUUCCUGGUUGUGACAUGGCUGGAAUAGUGGCUGACAUGGCCCCUGGUGUUUCAAAGUUCAAAGUUGGUGAGGAGGUCUAUGGCAACAUACAGGAUUUCAACGUCCCUGAGAAACUGAAGCAACUAGGGACGCUUGCCGAGUAUGUUGCAGUAGAAGAGAACUUGGUAGCUCUAAAACCAGACAAUCUUUCCUUUGAGGAGGCCGGAAGCCUUCCUCUGGCUCUGCAAACUGCCUUAGAAGGGUUUGAGACAGCCAAUUUCCAAGCAGGUCGGAGCGUUUUUAUCGUCGGCGGAGCUGGCGGCGUUGGGACGCUUGUAGUUCAGCUAGCCAAGCAUUACUUCGGUGCUUCUAGGGUGGUAGCAACUUGUAGCAGCAGCAAGGUUGAGUUUGUGAAGAGCUUAGGAGCUGACAUGGUUAUAGACUACACUGCUACAAAAUAUGAGGAGAUCACCGAGAAAUUCGAUUUUGUUUAUGACACUAUUGGAGAGAGCAAGAAUUCCUUCGUGGUGGCCAAAGAAGACGCACCGGUGGUGGAUAUAACAUGGCCCCCUACAAAUCCGAAGGCCAAAUUCUCGAGCUUGACGGUGAGGGGGGACAUCUUGGAGAGGCUUAGGCCUUACUUGGAGAGUGGGAAAAUAAAGGCUGUGAUCGAUCCAACAGGGCCGUACCAUUUUAAUGACGUGAUCGAAGCUUUCCGAUAUCUUGAAACAGGGAGGGCCAGAGGGAAAGUGGUGGUCUCUUCCUUCCCUUCAAGUACUUCACUAUAGCUUCCGCCGUCUGAGAAUGGCGACCCUGCACCUAAUUUGGGAGCCCCAGUUGGACGUGAUACCGAUCCUUGAUGAAUUAUUUUUUCAACAGUACAUUUCUUACGUUGUACCACAAAGACCAGUCUAUGGUGAGAGACUGGCAACGUUGCUUUGCUGAAAAACCAUACUCUGUUGGGAGUUCCACGAAAGAAGAAAAUAUAAGCAGUCUAUCUAGUUGGAUUUUUUCUCUUA